AGAGAAUCUGGACCUGGAAACCACGAGUGAUGCAUUAAAAGGGAAAAGUCUGACUUGUUGGGGUCGAGUUUAUAAUAUUUUCCCACUGAUUCACGAAAAAUGAAAAAGGGGGUAAAACGCAGCCCCGCGCUCCUGCUGCUGUCUCCUCGUCUCGCUGCGGCCGAGACGCACAGAAGCGCUCCUCCAUCAGCGGAAAGGAAUGUAGAAAACUAUGUAAAAGUUUCCGAGAGAGUGUGUGUGCGUGUGUUUGUGUGUUUGUGUGUGUGUGUCUCCCCAGCCUUUCCAGAGGGUUACGCAUCAUUUUUUUCUGGCCCGGCUGGAUGUCGUAAGAGCUCUCGGCGGGGCAGGCAGAGCUGGGAACAGCCCCCCUGUUAAGUAGCAGACUGUGUGGAGAGUCUUCCCACUUGGAAAGAGGCUCGUCGACGCGUCUGGGAACCAAAAAAAACCUGCUGAGCUUCAGUUCAACGCCGGACCACCUCCUUCUCCUCCGGGCUUUUCUUCUUCGCUCUCAGGCUUAAACGUUCAUUUUUUCAUUUUUUUUAAAGAACUUCUUUCAGUCUCUUCUUCUGGCUUCUUUCAUGCGCUGCUGAGCCGGAGGAGCUGAAGAUGAAGAGCGGGCUGUCUCUGGCGGCGGCUGCCCUCCUGGCUCUGCUGCUGUCCUCCUCUCAGGCCCAGGACCAAGUGGACGCUCCGUCAGACUUGAGGUUUAAGAUUUUAAAUGAAAACACAGUGCAAAUGAUCUGGAGCCGACCGCAGUCGAGGAUACAGGGAUACAGAAUAGAAGUGACCUCAGACACAGGGGAGGCAAAAAGAGAAUUCACUCUGCCUGCAUCUGCAACCAAGACGUCCAUCUCAGACCUGAGUCCAGAUGUGGAUUAUGUCGUAACAAUAGCGGCGUACGCCGGAUCGGAGGAGAGUUUGCCCAUCUCCGGCCAGAUCACACUUGAGUCAAGUGGCAGCUCAAGAGGACCUCCAAGGAAACCAGACCCUGCAGAUUCAGUCAAAUGCGCAGCGAGCACCUUCGCUGAUGUUGUGUUUCUGGUGGACGGCUCCUGGAGCAUCGGCAGAGCGAACUUCAAAUACGUUCGCAGCUUCAUCUCAGCGGCCGCCGGAGCGUUUCAGAUCGGUGAGGGCAAAACACGAGUGGCCGUGGUCCAGUACAGCGACGACGCCCGAACCGAGUUCAAUCUGAACGAGCACCUGACUCGGCCGGUGCUGCUCAGGGCCAUCGGUUCGCUGCCGUACAAAGGAGGCAACAGACGGACAGGCAACGGUCUCGACUACCUCCUGAAAAACACUUUGUCCGAGUCGGUCGGCGCCAGGCAAACUUUCCCCAAAGUGCUGGUGAUCAUCACAAACGGCAAAUCCGAGGAUCCAGUGGAGAGUUACGCCAGGCAGCUGAGGAGCAGGGGCGUGGAGAUCUUUGUCCUCGGUAUCCAACAAGCCGACCAAGAGGAGAUGAAGCUGGUGGCCUCGACUCCACACCAAAGCCACAUCUUUAAUGUCGCCAGCUUCGACACAAUCAAGAGGGUGCAGACGGAGCUCAUAGCUCAGAUGUGUGCCGGAGUCAGCGACCAACUCAGCUCAUUCAUCAGCGGAGACGAAUUGAUUGAGCCAGCAUCUAAACUUGAAGUCGUGGAGGUUGCCUCCAAGUCCAUGCGGGUGAAAUGGGACGCCUCCACUGGGGACAUUUCCACGUACAAGGUUCAGGUAGUCCCCAUGAUCGCCGGCGCCAAUCAGCAGGAUCUCUACGUGCGGCCGACCCAGACGUCGGUGGUGGUCAAACAGCUUUCCCCGGACACACUGUACCAGAUCAGCGUGUUCGCCAUGAAGGACCUGACGCCUAGCGAGCCCAUCGUAGCCAUGCAGAAGACACAGCCAGUCAAGGUCUCAGUAGAGUGUUCCCUGGGCAGGGAUGUGCAGGCCGAUGUCGUCCUCCUGGUUGACGGAUCCUACAGUAUCGGUCUGGAUAACUUUGCCAAAGUGAAAGCUUUCCUCGAGGUGUUGGUGAACACCUUUGACAUUGGGCCAGACAAGGUUCAGAUCAGUUUAGUCCAGUACAGUAGGGACCCGCACACCGAGUUCUACCUGAACACCCACCACGACCUGAACGCCGUGGUCAAAGCUGUGCGGACUUUCCCGUACCGCGGCGGCUCCACCAACACCGGCAGGGCGAUGACGUACGUGAGGGAGAAGGUCCUACAAACCAACAGAGGAGCUCGCGCCAACGUUCCUCGCGUCACCAUCCUCAUCACCGACGGGAAGUCGUCCGACGCCUUCCGGGACCCGGCCACCAAACUCAGGAACGCCGAUGUGGAGAUCUUUGCCGUUGGCGUCAAGGACGCUGUACGAAGUGAGCUGGAGGCCAUCGCCAAUGAACCCGCGGCGACACACGUGUACACCGUCGAAGACUUUGACGCUUUCCAGAGGAUUUCCAAAGAACUCACACAGUCCAUCUGCUUGAGGAUUGAGCAGGAACUUCGCAAAAUCAACCAGAGACAGCUCAUUCCACCAAAGUCCGUGACUUUCUCAGACAUCGGACCCAGAAACUUCCGGACCUCGUGGGAAUCCGACGCCACCAACGUCGAGUCCUAUCUGAUUCAGUUCAAGCCGGCGGACGACCCGGAUGGACAUUACGUGUCCAUGUCUGUACCCGGGGACACCCUCACCGCCAUCCUGCCCCCUCUCCUCAACCCCAACACCCGCUACGAGGUCAACAUCUACGCCCAGUACGAGAAAGACGACAGCCUGCCUCUCACCGGCUUCGAAACCACUUUAGAAGAACAAGGCCCGGUGCGUGACCUCAGAGUGUCCGAAGAGACGACGGACAGCUUCAGGGUGUCAUGGGAGCCGGCUCCAGGAGGCGUCGCCCGCUACCGACUGACCUACCACCCGGUCGGGGACGAGAGCUCGAGCAUGGAGACGACCACCUUCGGCUUAGAGACGACCACCGUUCUGCAGGAACUUCAACCCAAAACCACGUACAGCGUCACAGUUACACCUGAAUACCCGUCCUCCUCUGGAGCGCCGCUGCAGACUGAAGGCACCACCAAGGAAGAGGUGGGCCCUCCUAAAAACCUCGUCACCAGCGACGUAACCGACUCCAGCUUCGUGGCGUCCUGGACGGCCGCCCCCGGGGACGUGGACGCGUAUCGGCUUCGAUGGAAGUCGCUCUUCUCCUCAGAGGCCGGAGAAAAAACGGUGCCGGGGGACGUGAUCAGCGCCGUGUUGGACGACCUGAGUCCGGAGACGAUUUACCAGGUCUCAGUGGUCGCAGCCUAUGGGGACAAAGACAGCGACCCCCUCACUGGACAGGAAACCACCGACGCCUCCGCUGCUGGAAAAACGCUGAGGGUGUCGGACGAGACCGAGCGAACCAUGAGGGUCACGUGGACCCGAGCGCCGGGAAAGGUGGUCAACUACCGGCUGAAAUAUGGGCCGACCCGCGGCGGCGCCAAAGACCUCGUCCUGAAGAUCCCCGCCACGUCCACGUCCACCGUCAUGAAGCGUCUGCAGCCCGCGACCAGCUACAACAUCACCGUUCUACCCAUCUACAAACGCGGGGAAGGAAAAGCAAGGCAAGGAGUAGGAACGACACUGUCUCCCUACAAGGCCCCCAGGAACCUCCAGACCUCCGAGCCCACCAGGAACAGCUUCAGGGUGUCCUGGGACGCCGCCCCCGGAGACGUCCGGGGCUACAAAGUCACCUUUCACCCCACGGGGGACGACGUGGACCUGGGGGAACUCAUGGUCGGGCCCUAUGAUAAUACAGUGGUUCUGGAGGAACUCAGGGCAGGAACCAAAUACUCUGUCUCGGUCUUUGGGAUGUUUGAUGGAGGCGAGAGUUUGCCUCUGGCAGGAGAGGAGAAGACGACGCUGUCUGACGACCCUGAGCCUCCUCCUGUGGAUCCUUCUGACACUCAGUGUAAGACCUCAGCCAAGGCCGACAUCGUGCUGCUGGUCGACGGCUCCUGGAGCAUCGGCCGCAUCAACUUCAAGACCGUCCGCAACUUCAUCUCUCGCAUGGUCAGCGUGUUCGACAUCGGCCCCGACAAUGUCCAGAUCGCUCUGACUCAGUACAGCGGUGACCCGAAAACUGAGUGGCACCUGAACGCCCACGCCACCAAAAAGUCCCUGCUGGACGCCGUGGGCAACCUGCCGUACAAAGGAGGGAACACCAUGACAGGUCUGGCCCUGAACUUCAUCCUGGAGAACAACUUCAACCCCAACGUGGGGCUGAGGUCGGACGCGCGGAAGAUCGGCGUCCUGAUCACUGACGGAAAGUCCCAGGACGAAAUCAUCUUCAACUCGCAGAAGCUGAGAGACAGCGGCAUCGAGCUCUACGCUAUCGGUGUGAAGAACGCCGACGAGAACGAGCUCAGGUCCAUCGCCACCGACCCGGACGAGAUCCACAUGUACAACGUCAACGACUUCCAGUUCAUGAUGGACAUCGUGGACGACCUCACCGUCAACCUGUGCAACAGCGUCAAGGGCUCAGCCACUGAACUGGAGGCGCCGACCGACCUGGUGACCUCGGAGGUGACGCACCGCUCCUUCCGCGCCACCUGGACCGGCCCCGACGGCCCCGUGGACAAAUACCGCCUCACCUACGUGAUGGUGUCCGGGGGACCCACCAUGGAGAUGCUGGUCGACGGCACGGUGACGUCCGUGGUGCUGGAAGGCCUGAGCCCUCUGACCGAGUACCUGGUCAACGUCUACUCUGUGGUCGGCGAGGAGAGUAGCGAACCCCUGAAGGGCACCGAGACCACGCUGCCGCUGCCGUCGGUGAGGAACCUGAAGGUCUACGACGAGACCACGACCACCAUGACGGUGAGCUGGGACGAGGCGGCCGGUGCCACGGGCUUCAUGCUGCUCUACAAACCCGUCAGUGGCGCUGACGCCGAGAAAGAGGUUCGUGUUGGAGGAGACCAGACGAGCACCCAGCUGACGGAGCUGAUUCCUGACACAGCGUACGGCAUCACCAUUUACGCGCUGUACGGCGAAGCUGCCAGCGACCCUCUGGAGGGGAACGGAGCCACCCUGCCCUUGGCUCCUGCAGGAGUCCUGAGAAUCACCGACGUUACUCACAGCACCAUGAAGCUGAACUGGGACGCUGCUCCCGGGGCCGUCCGCAAAUACGUCAUCACCUACAAACCAGAGGAGGGAGACCUGAAGGAGGUGGAAGUGAGCGGUGACGUCACGACUCUGCCUCUGACCGGCCUCAUCUCUCAGACCGAGUACGACGUGGCCGUGACGCCAACGUACGACGAGGGACCCGGAAACACCAUGCUAGGAAACGCCAUCACAGAUGUGGUUCCUGCUCCGAAGAACCUGAAGUUCUCGGAGGUGACCCAGACCUCGUUCAGAGCCACCUGGGAGCACGGGGCCCCCGACGUGGCCCUUUACCGCAUCGGCUGGACCAAGAAGGGCGAGAACAACUACCAGUUUGCCAUCCUGGGCAACGACGAGACCACCCACGUCCUUCCCAACCUGGACCCUGACACCGACUACUGGGUCACCGUCACGGCCAUCUACCCCGACGAGUCCGAGAGCGAAGACCUGAUGGGAAGCGAACGCACACUGUUGAAGGCUCCGGACGUGCUUCCAGAGCCUCCUCGAAACCUGCGCGUUUUCAACGCCACCACAUCCUCGCUGUCGGUGAAGUGGGACCACGCCCCCGGCCCCGUCCAGAACUACCGGAUCACCUACAAGCCAGCCAGCGGGGGGGAGCCCAUCACGACGCAGGUCGGAGGGAAGAAGACCGGCACCGUCCUCCAGAAGCUGAUGCCCGACAUGCCGUACUCCGUCUCCGUCGCUGCCGUGUAUCCCACCAGCGUCAGCAGAGACAUCUCAGGGGAAGGAAAGACCAAGCCUCUGGGAGGAGUCAGGAACCUGCAGGUGUUGAACCCGACCAUGACGACCCUGAACGUGCGCUGGGAGCCGGCCGAGGGCCGCGUGAAGGAGUACAAGGUCAUCUACGCUCCUGCAGCCGGAGGAGCCGAGAGCAUGGAAACGGUGUCGGCCGGUACGACCACCACCCUCCUCCGAGGCCUGGCCCCCGACACCCUCUACACCGUGUCCCUGGUGCCGGUUUACGCCGAGAAAGAUGGAAAGAUGAUGUCUGAAAACGGAAAGACAAGGCCCCUGGGGGGCGUGAAGAACCUGAGGGUGACCGAUCCCACCAUGACCUCGCUGGCCGUGAACUGGGAUCCAGCCGACGGAGCCGUUCGCCUCUACAAGGUCUUCUACGUGCCCGCUGCUGGCGGCCUAGAGGAGAUGGAACAAGUCCCUGCAGGCACCACCUCCAUCAUCCUGAGGAACCUGACGCCUGAUACUCGGUACACGGUGUCUCUGGUGCCGGUGUAUCCGGCCAGGGAAGGAAAACGCCAGUCAGAGGACGGAAAGACAAAGCCUUUGAGUGGAAUCAGAGGCAUGAGGGUGUCCAGGCCGACCAUCACCACCCUCACGGUCACCUGGGACCCUGCAGACGGAAACGUUCAGGGCUACAAAGUCAUCUACAUUCCUACAGCCGGAGGCCUGGAGAUAGUGGAACAAGUUUCUGAAAGCACCACCACCACCGUCCUGGAGAAACUUCUGCCCGACACCAGCUACACCAUCACCGUGAUCCCCGUCUACGCCGAGGGAGACGGGCCGAGCCUGACCGACUCCGGCAAGACAAAGCCGCUGGGUUUCGUGAGGAACCUGCAGGUCACGGACCCGACCACCAGCACCUUGAACGUCCGCUGGGAGCCGCCCGAGGGAAACGUACGGGAGUACAUCGUGAUCUGGGUGCCGGUGGCCGGAGGAGAUCAGAAUGUGGACCAAGUUUCUGGAAGCACCACCUCCACCGUCCUGAAGAGCCUGGACCCGGACACAGAGUACACGGUCACCGUGGUCCCCGUGUACCACGAGAUGGAGGGGAAGCCCCAGUCCGAGAACGGGAAGACAAAUCCUCUGGGUGGAGUGAAGAACCUGAAGGUGAUCGACCCGACCAUCAGCACGCUGACGGUCCGCUGGGACCCGGCCGUGGGCAACGUCAGGAGCUACAAGGUCUUCUACGCGGCGCAGCCGGGAGGAGAGGAGCGAAUGGAGGAAGUGUCCGGAGGCACCACCUCCACCAUCCUGAGGAACCUGGAGUCGGACACGCUCUACAACGUGGCCGUGGUUCCCAUCUACCCAGACGUGGAGGGCAUCAGGCAGGCGGACAAGGGAAAGACGAAGCCUCUGGGCGGCGUGAAGAACCUGCAGGUCACCGAUCCGACCAUCAACUCCCUGAGGGUGCGCUGGGAGCCGGCCGAGGGCGACGUCAGGCAGUACCAGAUCAUCUACGUCCCGGCCGCCGGGGGAACCGAGAGCAGGACUCAGGUGUCGGGGAUGACGACCAACACCGUGCUGAGGGAGCUGCAGCCGGACACCGAGUACAAAGUGACGCUGGUGCCCAUUUACUCGGACGUGGAGGGAAAACGCUCGACGGAGAACGGGAAGACGAAGGCUCUGGGCGGCGUGAAGAACCUCCAGGUCACCGAUCCGACCACCAGCUCGCUCCGGGUUCGCUGGGAGCCGGCCGAGGGCAACGUCAGGCAGUACCGCCUCUUCUACGUGCCGGAGUCCGGAGGCGCCGAGGACAUGGAGCAGGUGUCCGGAGGAACCACCAACACCGUCCUGAGGAACCUGCUGUCGGACACGUCCUACACCGUGACCGUGGUCCCAGUUUACCCAGAGGGAGAAGGUCUGCGCCAGGCGGACAAAGGGAAGACACUCCCGCGGACGCCGCCCAGGAACAUCCAGGUGUACAACCCCACCCCCAACAGCCUGAACGUGCGCUGGGAACCGGCCUCCGGCCAGGUCCAGCAGUACCGCGUGGUCUACAACUCGCUGACCGGAGUCAGACCCACCGAGACGGUCCUGGUUCCAGGGAGCGUGAACAACGCCUUCCUGGACAACCUGGUGCCCGACACUCCGUACUCCAUCACCGUCUCCGCCAUGUACGCCGACGGGAAGGGGGCCGACGUGGCGGGAAACGGAAAAACACUGCCCCGGGCCGGACCGAGGAACAUGCGAGUGUUCGAUGCCACCACCAGCACCUUGACCAUCGGCUGGGACCACGCGGAGGGUCCCGUCAGGCAGUACCGGAUCGGAUACGCCCCCAUGACCGGAGACCCCAUCACCGAAUACACUGUGGUUCAGGGAAACAGGAACAACGCCAUGCUGCAGAAUCUGCAACCGGACACGCCGUACAACAUCACGGUGGAGGCCAUAUACGCCGAGGGGCCGGGAGGCUCCCUGAACGGAAACGGACGCACAGUCGGCAUGUUGAGUCCCAGGAACCUGCGAGUGUCAGACGAGUGGUACACGCGCUUCAGAGUGUCCUGGGAGGCGGUGGCUGCUCCGGUCCAGGGAUACAAGCUCAUCUACUCCCCCGAAGGCACAAACCAGCCGAUCGACAUCUUCGUGGGCGACGUGACCUCCUACACUCUGCACAACCUGCAGCCCGGGACCACGUACGACGUGAAAGUGUUGGCUCAGUACACGACCGGGGCCAGUUCACCGCUCGAGGGACAAGGAACCACGCUUUACCUGAACGUCACAAACAUCGAGACGUACAACGUCGACCACGACAGGUUCUGCAUCAAGUGGAGUCCUCACAGAGCGGCAACGUCGUACCGCAUCAAACUCAACCCUGUGGACCCCUCCAGCAAAGGGCAGCAUGAGAUCACCAUCCCCGCCGGUCUGCCUCAGUACUGCUUCGACGGCCUUUCCCCCGACGCCCUCUACACCGCCACCGUCUUCGUUCAGACCCCGAACCUGGAAGGUCCAGGAGUCAGCGCCAACGAACGCACCUUGGUGAAGCCAACUCCGGUUCCAACUCUCCCACCGACUCCGACGCCUCCACCCACCAUCCCUCCUGCAUGGGCAGUUUGCAAAGGAGCGAAAGCAGAUGUUGUGUUCCUCAUCGACGGCUCGUGGAGCAUCGGCGAGGAGAGCUUCACCAAGGUCGUGCACUUCGUCAAAGAAAUGAUCGCAGCGUUCGACGUGAUCGGACCUUCGGGGAUGCAGGUGUCCUUCGUGCAGUACAGUGACGGAGCUAAGACGGAGUUCAUGCUGAACGCUUACACGGACAAAGGCAUAGCCAUGUCUGCGCUUCACCACAUCCGCUACCGAGGAGGAAACACCAAGACAGGAAUGGCGCUGAAACACACCUACGAGAAGGCGUUUUCUCUCGAUAACGGGAUGAGGAGAAACGUCCCCAAGGUGGUGGUGGCCAUCACUGAUGGACGCUCUCAGGACGAGGUGAAGAAGAACGCCGCCCAGCUGCAACACGCAGGUUACAGCGUUUUCGCCAUCGGUGUCGCUGACGUGGACUUCGUGGAGCUGCAGCAGAUCGGCAGCAAACCCAGCGACAGACACGUGUUCGUGGUGGACGACUUCGACGCCUUCAGCACCAUCAAGGAAAACCUGAUCACCUUCAUCUGUGAAACUGCGACUUCAUCGUGUCCCCUGAUCUUCCUGAAUGGAUUUACCUCCCCUGGCUUCAGGAUGCUCGAAGCGUUCAACCUGACGGAGAAAACCUACAGCUCCAUCAAAGGCGUCUCCAUGGAGCCCGGCUCCUUCAACAGCUACACGGCCUAUAGGCUGCACAAGAACGCCUUCCUGAGCCAGCCCACCACAGACGUCCACCCCGACGGCCUCCCCCACGCCUACACCAUCAUCAUGAUGUUCCGCCUCCUCCCCGACUCGCCCAAAGACGCCUUCGACAUCUGGCAGGUGUCGACCAAAGAUCACAAACCGGAGACCGGCGUCACCAUCGACCCCUCCAGCCAAACCGUGUCCUUCUACAACAAAGACGAGCGCGGCGAGAUCCAGAGAGUGACCUUCGACAGCAGCCCAGUGAAGAGGAUCUUCCACGGGAGCUUCCACAAGCUCCACAUCCUGGUGUCACCCACCGGAGUCAAGCUCAACAUCGACUGCCAGGAGGUGGCUGAGAAGAAGAUCAAGGACGCGGGGAACACGUCCAGCGACGGCUACCAGGUCCUGGGGAAGAUGUCCAAGUCCAUCGGCUCCAAGGGAGAGUCAGCAACUUUCCAGCUCCAGAUGUUCGACAUUGUCUGCAGCUUGGCCUGGACCAGCAGGGACAGAUGUUGUGACCUGCCGUCAAUGAGAGAUGAGCUGAAGUGUCCGUCUCUUCCCAACUCCUGCACCUGCGUAUCAGAGGCCAACGGGCAACCGGGGCCUCAGGGGCCCGUGGGAGCCCCCGGCAGCAAAGGACCCCGAGGUGAAAGAGGAGAGACCGGUCCGGCUGGACCGGUCGGCCCUCGCGGAGAUAACGGACCACCUGGGCCCAUGGGUCUGCCCGGCCCGCAAGGACCCAGCGGGAUGUCGAUUCCAGGAGAGGCUGGCCGUCCUGGACCAAAGGGAGACCCCGGAGACUCCGGUCUACCUGGACAGAAAGGUUCUCCCGGUCCCGCCGGUGCCGUCGGACCCAUCGGACCAGCUGGAGUCAGGGGCCCCCCAGGAAAGGAAGGACCGGCCGGACCCAGAGGCCCCUCAGGGCCCAUGGGACCUCCAGGAUCUCCAGGAAUACCAGGAGGAGCAGGGAAACCAGGGAACCCCGGGGACACCGGCGUUCCUGGUCCCGUUGGUCCCAAAGGAGACAAAGGAGAACGAGGCGACUUCGCUCCUCAGAACAUGAUGCGCUCCAUCGCCAGACAAGUGUGUGUGCAGCUGGUCAACGAACAAAUGACUCGCGUGAACACGUUACUGAACCAGAUCCCCAACGGCCAGUACCGCAGCAACAACCCGGGCCCCCCAGGACCCCCCGGCGCUCAGGGCCGACAGGGCCCACGCGGAGAACCAGGCACCGCAGGAAGGAACGGCUUCCCUGGAAACCCUGGUCCACCGGGUCAGCAGGGGGAGAGAGGUACGAGCCCCGGGGGCUAGAGGGGAAAUUACAGUUUGCAUCA